UCUUUUAGCUUGUGCUCCAGCCCUCUGUCUCUAUCCUCAUUGCCUUCAUCUUUGUGGCCCUCCCUUUGGACUUGCUGCCAUGGGAGAAACAAUCCACACUGGGCCUUCAGAGCCACCUGGAGGAAGAAGUCCUCUUCCUGACUCAGAGCUGAUUCCAGGCUCACCUGAGGCAGCAGCAUUCCUGGACAGCCAAAUCCUCAGUGGUGCCUGUAAGGGCAUGCCUGCCCAGGCCAGAUCAUGCUGCAGAAGAGGCUGAAGAGGCAGGGCUCCUGCUGCACAUGACAUCCCAUCCAGAACUUCAUUGCUUAUUGAAUUGCCUUCGUGUCCUGCUGGACACCAUGGAUCUCCCUUUACUCCACCCCUUCCCACUUCCUGCCUCCUGUGUCCUCACUUCUCUUUCCUCAGGAAACAUCCUGUGCCUAAGCCUCCCUAACCAAACAGUGCCAGCUCCCCACAGGGAGUGCAACUGGAUGUGCAGCUCCUGUCUGUGCGCCUCAGUCCUACCCAUGAAAGUGAAUCCUUUCUCUGUGUCCCAGAGAGAGAGGGGAAUUCGCACUGGAGACAAGGUGCCCAGGAGAUUUGGCUUCCUAAUCCAGUGGGAGCAGUUGUAUGAACAGCAGUGCAUGGUGGCUGCAGGUCCACAUGCACAGCUCCAGGCAGCAGUGAGACACAACGUGUAGGGACAGUAUGUACUUAUCUAGGGACAUAGGGAAGAAACAGGAUGUAUACAUAAAAAAACCCCACACAAAUCAGGCCAGGCAGAAAGCACUGACCCCAGCUCAAACAGCUGCCUUGUCCUGUUGCCCUGCCUGGCUGCAGCAGGAUGAAAGCCUGCUAGCAGAAAAAAUGUCUGUUUACACAUAUCCAGUGUAGCCCUGCAAGUGAGGGCCUCUCCAUCUGCAGCCCAGAAACCAUGCUCUGCAGUGGCACAGCUCCUCCCAACACCAGCCUGGACUGCUGGGCUUGGCACUGACUGCAAAGGCCUGCCUUGUCUGGGGUCUUUAGCACCAUUCCCACGAGUUUCUGGCUUUUGCCAUGCAGGACUCCCCUUUAGGCCUCCCUCUGUGAUAACUCCUAGCCCACGAGCAGGACAAGGAGCAGAUUUCCUGUUGUCCCUCCUCCAGACAAGAGCCAUCCCAGAACAGGAGGGUUAGGCCUGCAGUGGUGAAGCCAGCUGAAGGUGCACAGCCCUUGAAGGACAGAGCUGACCAGCAGGUCCCUCGGCUGGGUGUCCACUCCUGGGGUCAGCCUGCAGUGAGCAGCAGCCGCUGUCAGGUCUGGAUGAGGCCCUCUCACCUCGGCUGUAGGAAGAAGACAGGAUUCCAUGUAGGAGUGAUGCCUGUGGGUACAGAGCAGGAGGAAAACAAGGGUGAUUCAUCCUGGGAGUUUGGGAUGAAUCAGGAUCUGGAAGAGUCCACCUCUCUGUCCAUCUGAGAGCCCAUGUCCUGGACCUCAUGUUCCCUGCAAGGAUUGACUCACCGACAUGUCAGAAUCACCACAGACAAGCUGGACCUCAGCCUCUACAUCCCCAACAGUUCAGCCUCAUUGGUGAGUGUGAGAUCCAGCAGAGCCCAUCUCAUCCUUGGGUCCUCCAUAAGCUGUCUCAGGAAGCUGCGUGAUAAGGAUGCUGCAGAGUCCUCUGGGACUGCUUGUACUUUACUGCUGAGAACAAAGCUCCAAAACAGCAGCACAAGCUGCUGAGGCUGACAGCCGCUCUGUGAGCUGCCCCGCUCCCACCCGGCUGGGGCUCAGGGCUGUGGGGCUGCUUUUCAGCCUGUGAGAGGGCAAAGCAAGCAGGCACAGUGGGAACAACUCCCCCUGGGAUUAAUCCUUUCUUCCUCCAUUGUCCCUGCUGGAAGCACUUCUCCCAUGUUUUCUGCCUUUUGCUUUGUUAGCAUUUCCUCCCAGGCUGCUUGCCCUUAGGUCCCUGUUUCAGGUCAGCCUUUUCCUUCAAAUCAUUUGGAAUUCAAGAAAACUGGAAACAGGACUGCCCAGGGGAUUCACAUUGAUGGAGAAACUGCCACCAACCACUGAGAAAGAGAGAACUUCCUCCACCACGUUCAUUUCUGAACACGAGCACACUUGCUGUCCUUCAUACUUGGAACCCUCUUGAGCCUUACCCAUCCCACUUCAUGGUGGUCAGGUGGCCUGGACAGCAGCAAGCGAUAAAAUAGGAGUGUGAAUGCAAAGAGCUGUGUGAAUUGAAUACCUGCAACUAUUUGAGGAGGCAUUUGGCCCAAAAUUCUGGCUGUUAGAGACCAUGAUGACCAGCAUAACAGUAACCAGGGCAUGAGGGCCAGGCUUCUGAGACAGAGAGGAAACAGGCUGAAAACAAAGUUGAGAAGAAGCAAGAACAUUGUAAGAGAGAGAGGACAGAGAAGUGGGAAGGAAGUGGCCAUCGAGCUCAGGGUGCUCUGCACCUUGGCCACCUCUGUGUGUAAGAAGCUCCCUGGCAGCUGAGUGCCGUGGGUGACCUCGCUCAUGGCAGUGAGGGCUGCAGCAGGCACAGAGCCACGGUCCAGCAGCGGCACAGCGGGACCUUGUGCUUUCAGCUGUGCUUCACAGGCUGCUGCAAGAGGUGUGGCUACACACGAACCCUCCAUCUGCAGCGGGAAGCGUGUGGGACCGGGGAACCCCUGCUUCCACAAAGGGGAUGUGUUCUUGCAGCUGCACUUCCUGGGCUGGUGGUGGGAGACUGGAGGUUGCACAAGUCAUGUGCAUGUGUUUUUAUGUGGGGUGAGAGUUUGUGAACAUUAGUUACAUGACCGUGUUUAGAAAUGUAGGGUCUGACCCUGCCUGCAGCCUGUGGUGCUCAGAACAACAGAAUCAGAGGAUUUCUUCUCCAGAGAGUUCAGCCUUGUCCUCACUUGUAAGCAGUUCUGUGCCCUGAUCUGCUGAUGCUUCAGCCAAAAUGCCUGUGCUAUUGCCAUGAGUUCUCCCAUUCCCAUGUCUCUGCACCCGUGCAUGCCUCUGCACAGGGAGAAACCAGCUGAUGGAACUAGAGCAAAGGCUGUGUUCCCAUCUCAGUCCAUUCCACGUGUGUCUGCAGCUUGUGCAGUCACAGCUGAGGAAAACUUCAUGAUCUGUCAUGCACAGGGAGUCUGGCACUGCCUAGUGAUCCUCCUGCCCCACAAUGCCAGGUCAUAAGGGACCCUUCUGCCCCAAGCUCCGUCCUCCCUUCCAGAGGAAUUAGUUAAAGACAGCGUUGGCAAGUUCUUUGUUGUGCUCUGGAUUUCUGGGCUCAGGAUGCACAUGGGCACUGCCCAGACUGAGUCACAGAUAUGCUUUCCUGUCAUUUUUGGCUCCCUUUGGCAGGCUGUGCUCAGUGGGUUUAGCCCUUUGCUAGCAAAUGCCAAAUGUACCUGCCAGGGUAUGUGUUUUCACACCCAGGGUCCCUCAGCAGGAAAGAGCAAGCACCAGAGAGGGAAGGCCAUGGAUGUCCUGUGAAACUGCCUGAGGCUGUGCAAAGGGAGAUGGUUUGAGCUGCAGUGAUGCUCCUCUUCAUCUGUUUUCCUUUUCCUUGGUCAGUUUCUGUGUUGCAACCAGCAUCUUUUGAAAUAUCCUGGCAGAGAAAUGACGGAAGUUCCCCACUUUCCAUGUGCUCUGGGGUACACCCAGGAUAUGGCUUUUUCUCCACACCAGAUUAGAGCCCACGAAGGCUCCUCACCAGUGUGGGAGGUGCCCUGUGCAGGAGGAAGGCUGUGUUUGCAGCCAAAGUGGUAAUGAGCACCCUUGGAGAAGAGUGAUCCUGUGGUAGAGAGGAUGAAUCACCAAGGGAGAGUCAGUCCUGGAACUGCAGCCCCAGCAGAAGAGAGAAGCUGCUCCUGGCUGAACAUCUGGGUCUUCCUUACUUUUGCCCUUGCCAUCAAAGCUGCCUUGGUGACCAUCUGCCUUGUGGCUUUACUUGAUGGAAGCUACGGCCAGUACAAGACUCUCCUCCAGAACUCUACAGAGUGGUACUGUGUCCCCAGCAGUUCUGCAGACAGAAUGGAAGGCUGGAUGUGCUGCCCAAAGGGCUGGAGAAGGUUUCAAAGAAGCUGCUAUUUCCUGUCCACUGAUAAGAUGUCAUGGGCUGAGAGUGAGCAGAACUGCACUGGGAUGGGCUCCCAGCUGGUGGUGAUCAACAGCAAGGCAGAGCAGGAUUUCCUCUUCAACUUGGCAAAAGAAACAGUUACUAACGUCUAUGAAACAAAAUACUACAUAGGCUUAUCUGCUCACAAAAAUGGGCAGUGGCAGUGGGUGGAUCAGGCUCCGUAUGAAAAGACAGCCACGUGGACAUAUUGGCCACAUCCCAGCUGCCUCUCAGAACAAGACCUGGAUGUUCACCACUCCUUGGCACAUUAAAUUCUGCUUUGGAAAGGAACUCGGGCCUGAUGAAAGCAGCCACAGUGACAUUCAUUUCUGAGAGUACACACACCAUAGAGUGCAGGUACUCUGACUGCUGCAACAAAAUUAUCUUGUGGUUCAAACCUGAGCUAGCUCCUGGUUUUCUCCAGAAAGCUCAUGAUGCCCAAUCUUUGAGAUGCUGUCUUCAGCUGGAAAAACAUCAUUAGAGCCAUGUCAGAAGGACAUCCAGUGUUGAUACUUAUGGCCAGACCUAUUAAUUACAUCUGUACGCUGAGCAUGCUGCUCUCUUUGUGUUGAGCUCUGACAGCUGAAUCUUCCCUUAUAGGAUAUACCUGACUUUCUCUAAUAAAUGAUGAACCUUGCCAAGCCAAGAGAUGAAAUAAAGUGAAAUGUAUGUGCUUUUCAUGACACCCACUGUCUUUUUAUAAGGACUUUCAUAUGAAAUUUUCCUCCAAGGUGUCUGUUCUUUUUUCAGACAAAGCAGAGAAUUACUCCCCUACUCUUUGUCUUUUUCUGUUUUAUCCCACCUCAGAUUCUUUCAUGUUCCCUUACAACAUCCAUUUCUCCACUUCUUUAUUUUCUUUGCAUGCUUGCUGUCCCUCAUACUGAUUCCCCCUUUACUUCUUUUUUUUUUCCUUUUAAAUUUUGUUUCCUUUUACCUUUUCUUGUAGACCACAGAUGAAGAGCAUACAAUGUUGUCUGGGAGAAAUAAAAGAGAGAAAUGGCAUUUAAAGAAGUUCUGGCACUGGACACACAUCAUGUUCUGCCUUUUAAAAUUUAGUGUUUCUGAAAUUAUUUCCUAAGCAGUCUUGUGUAAGGUAUUAAUACUAACUGGUAAAACUAACAGGUACUGCUGCCUUGAAAGGUUCUUUUUAUCCAAAGGAUCCACAACCCCCACUUCAGUUGUCCAGUUCAUUCUGGUUAUCCAUUGUUUAUCUCACAUGGUCUAAGACAAAUCCUAUGAUUUUAGCCUUUAUGUCUCUACCUGGUUACAAGGAAAUAUAAACACUUUUUUAUUUUAUAUGCAAUCAGUUUACAUACCUGAACAAACUUUUUCACAUCCUGCUGCUUAAUUAUAAAUCGUUUAUCUUGACAGGCUUUUGGACAAUCUGCUGGUUUCCUGGAAAGGCCUCAGCUGAUCAUGAGGUCCAGCACUUCAGCACUAUCUCCUGCUCACAGCAAGUCACUUGCACUCUCUCAGUGUCCCUGUGAUCUACAUUCAUGUGACCAGGAGGAGAUGCAGAGAGCCUGUGACUGUCACUGCAGUCCCUUGUGGUGCAUCAGUGGCCUUACAACAAGAUGUGCCUCAUCACAAUAGGCCUGCCUGGCAACCACUGGACUAUGCCUGACCUUGGUUACCAUCACCAGACCCAACCCUGACCCGAGGAUCGAUUUCCAUGCUUGACCUCAGACCUUCCUCAUCCCUGGAGACUUGUCUAGCAAUCUGGACCCUGGCUGUUGUGCCACGUGUGCCCUGCUUGCCUCACUCAGGUGUUGUGGCUGGUCCCCAGCUGUCCUGCUGGCUGUGUUACUGCAGCUGGCUCCUGGCCACCUGACCCGUGGGGAGCAGCUGCCUCCACUGUGCCCUGACAGUGUCUGCUGCACCACAAAGCAAAUCUUGAACUGGGAUUUCUUUUAUUUUGUUGGUUUUUGAGAAGGCAGAUUCUUGUCAGUUUGUUUUAGUAAAGUAGCUCUUUACUAUUGCAUAUUAUUCCACAGUUCACUUCAGAUUUGGGUAGAAUUUGCUGCUGAUAGCCACCAUUACUUCUUCACUGUAAUUGUCAUCUCUUCAGUCCCAAUUCUGCUGGUUUUCAUGCUGUUUGCAAAAAAUCUCUUUUUUCAGCAAUGACAAACUUACUAUACUCCUAAAUAUCUUCCUCAGCACUGCUGACAACCACAACCAGCUUUAAAAGUCAUGUUCCAGUAGCUUUUAAUAGGAUUUUGAUAUCUUUGUUUCUUUUUCCUUCAGUGACAAUUAAACAGGCUGAACUGGUUCCUUAUAGCUGCAAAGGAGAGCAAGGGGGAUACAGAGCCAUUCACAUCUUUGAAAUGGUGCUACACUCCACUUACUUCAGCAGGUCUGACAGAAUCUGGGAGAGCUUUAUAUGUUGGGUUCCAGCGUGGCCUCUGGUGGACAGUGCUGCCUGGAUCUGUGCAGAGGAUCAGCUGUGUUUGUGCAGAGGGCUGCUUACCUUAAGAGAAGGAGCCACAUAAAUCAAUCCAGAAGCAACUGAUAUGUAAUCUCAACACAACUGUUGCAGAGCCACUGACAGAUUACAACUUCCCUGUUAGUUUCAGAGCCAUACAAGGCCAGAUGUAGUGAUUGAUUAAUAAAAUCCUUCUGUCAUAAAGACAUGCUUGGAGGAGCAAAUGCAGCAUGGAAACACAGCACCCAUUUUUCAUGGAAUCAUGGAAUGGUUUGGGUUGAAAGGGACCUUCAGUGUCAUCGAGUCCAUCUCCCCUACAUUGAGCAGGGACAUCUUCGUCAGAUCAGGUUGCUCAGAGUGCCAUCCAACCCGAUCUUGAAUGUUGCCACCUCUGGCUCCGGGCAACCCGUGCCAGUGUUUACACUUGAGCCAGCCUCUCUUGAAUCAGUUCUGCCUGACUGACAGCAGAUACACCACGUGAGUCAAGCUGCUGGAGCUGUGAAUUAUUGAGUGGUAGCCUGGGCAGCUGACGAAUUUAUCAAUUCAAGUGGUAGAAAACACCUCUAGUGCUGCAGUCAAGUAGAGCUGAAAGUACCUGCUAAUCCUACUGACAAAAGUGGAAUACUUCAACAAAGAUUAAUUGAAAAUAAUUCUGAGACUUGGCCUUUAGGAGCUUCCUUAUCACUCAUAACAAACUUCAGUUCCACUGGCUUAGUGAAUUGUCUUUAAACAGCACGUUUCCUAAAUGACAGACAGCAAAAUGCUGCUUACAACCAACUCUUCCCCCUACCACUGCCCUCACUUCUCCACUUAUGGGGAAUUAUAAGAUAGAAUUGGGUUGUGAGCUGUAAAACCUGCCUGCAGAGGCACAUGGCAGCACAAAGGAGCACAUGGUGGCACAGAGAGGCCUGUCUCUGCCGGACCCUGGGGGAAGGAGGAGUCACACAGCAGACCCUUAUGGAGAGGAGCCUGCCAGGAGCUGAUACACAGGUGAACAGUGAGUGAUGAUCCCAUAGAAGAACAUUGAGAAAGUGUGUUGCUGAUGUGGUAACACGGGAUAGGUCACACCAUACAAGGAAAUACAGUGCCUUAGAAAAGUGUAUAAAACCAGCUCACUCCUUUGAAUAAACCAUUCAGAUUCCCUGCCCGUCUGGGUCCAUGCUUCAGUCGCCGACACCCACUGAUGGAAGCAAUCUUAUGCCUGCUGACAUCAGGGUCUUAUUACAUAGUAGGCUGCCCAUGUGUCUGUUGCAUGCCUUAAUUCAAGUUUCAAAGUCUCCUUUGUCCUGCCUAAACCAACUACCUGUGUUUCCCUUCUUUCUGCUUCAAUUAGCAUAAAUUCACUCCCACAGUAAUGAGAUGAACAUGAUACGGUACACACGUCAUUUGAUGGCCAGCCUCCCUCCACUGGGUUUUACAGUGACAAAUUCAGCAGCAGAAUAUGUUACUUUCACGUACAAGGUCUUGACACUCUCAGAAGAUCCUUACUCUCUCCAGAAGUCUGCUUGAAUAUGUUGGAAUUAUCUGCUGAUUUGAGGAUCUGCGUGGUCUCGUGAUAACGUUACUGCCUUGUGUAUUUCCCUUACAAAUAUCCAUCACAGAUAAAGACAAAAUGUCCCAGUUAUUCUACUUGCCAUGAGAUAUCUGGACAUCUGCCACCAUCCUUUCUGGUCUUAGAAAAGUUGCUGGGAUGGCUGCUGGCCUGGCAAUUGCAUUGAUCAUCUUGUUGCAGAUGGGAAGCAGACUCUGGGUUGCCAGUGUGGUGUACAUCAGCAGCUGGUACUGUCAGGAUGACGUUCCUGUGGCCAGCUCAGCCCAGGGGGCUGUACUGACAGAUGGCUCAGCACCAGGCAGAGAUGUCAGUUCCCCCUAAUUCAACAUUCAGGUGAAAAAAGGCAGCCAACUCAAAAAGAACUUUUAAAUGUGAAGAAAGAGGAGAAUCACCACAGGUAAACCCCUUUGCAUGGCCUCAGAAAUAAUAAAUUAAUCUGGAUGUAACUGUGUUUUAACUGAAUCACAGGGAGAUCCUGGGAUGCUGGCAAGUGCUCCAGUCAUCUUUGGUGACCCCACAUCUGCUGUUGCUGCAUGUUGAUGAUAUUCAGUUUUUAAUAUCAACCCACUUUAAAAGUGUCUCAGACAUGCUUAUACUGGGAAC